GUGUAAUGAAGGUAUAUAAUAAUAGACGCAAAAUAAGAAGUAGAAAAAGACAAUGUCUCAAAAGAUUGCCUAUUUCCUUGAUCCAGACGUUGGGAACUUUCAUUAUGGCCCAGGCCAUCCUAUGAAGCCCCAUCGUAUAGCCCUUACACACUGCUUAGUGCUGCACUAUGGCAUCUACAAAAAAAUGGAGAUUUACAGCCCUUCCCGAGCCUCUGGCCAUGACAUGUGUCGCUUCCACGCAGAUGACUACAUAGACUUCCUGCAAAGAGUUACGCCUCAGAACCACCAGCAGUUUACGAAGCAGCUUGGGAUGUUUAAUGUGGGCGAUGACUGCCCUGUGUUUGAUGGCCUGUUUGACUUCUGUUCCAUGUAUACUGGCGCGUCUCUCGAGGGCGCUAUCAAACUCAACAACAAUCACUGUGAUAUUGCUGUAAAUUGGUCUGGUGGACUCCAUCAUGCCAAGAAAUUUGAGGCGUCUGGGUUUUGUUAUGUGAAUGAUAUAGUGAUAUCUAUCCUGGAACUUCUCAAAUUUCAUCCCCGUGUGCUAUAUAUAGACAUAGACAUUCACCAUGGUGACGGUGUACAGGAGGCGUUCUACCUCACAGACAGAGUCAUGACCGUGUCGUUCCACAAGUACGGCAACUUCUUCUUCCCGGGCACAGGUGACAUGUAUGAGAUAGGAGCAGAAAGCGGCCGUCACUACUCUGUCAAUGUUCCGCUUAAAGAAGGCAUAGACGAUCAAAUGUAUAUGACAAUAUUCCAGGGUGUGAUGAAAUCUGUGAUGGAGUUUUACCGACCUACCUGUGUUGUGUUACAGUGUGGAGCUGACUCCCUCGGGAGUGACAGACUUGGCUGUUUUAACCUCAGCAUCAAAGGUCACGGAGAUUGCGUGAAAGUGAUCCGGGAUUACAACAUCCCCAUGCUUGUGCUCGGGGGAGGUGGCUACACAAAGAGGAACGUAGCUCGAUGCUGGACGUACGAGACCGCAGUCUUACUGGACGAACAGAUCAGCAACGAGAUCCCAUACAAUGAGUACCUUGAGUAUUUUGCACCUGACUUUACCCUUCACCCAGACAUUUCAACAAAACAGGAGAAUCUCAACUCAAAACAGUACCUUGAUCAUAUUCGCCAAACUGUCCAUGAAAAUCUGCGGAACUUGAGCAAUUCCCCGAGUGUCCAGAUGCAGGAUGUGCCACCAGACCUCCUCAGUCUAGAAAACACUGAGGAAUUAGACCCUGACAUACGGAACCAUCAGGAUACGGUUGAUAAACGGGUGGAACCAGCUAACGAGUUUUAUGAAGGAGACAAGGACAAUGAUAAGGAAAAUGAUGGCUUCCUGGAAGUUUGAGAUGAAGCUCUCUCUAGAAAUGGAGGAAUUCCUGAAGCUGGUGGCCAUUUGAGGGGCUAUUGGGUUGCAUCAUGACUUCUGUGGCCAUUGUAGCAGAUAUUUCUCAAAAACUUUACAUUGCAAGGAGACACAUGACUAUCGGCUGGACCGAAGUUUACCAGUCCUAGCGAUGUGAAUAGGAUGCUCUGUGGCAUACAGAGUUUGGAUGUAUGGUACACAGAAUAGUGAGCUGUGGUAUACAGAGUGUUGCAUCGACUCAAAUUCAUCAUUUGAUGGUGCUCACUGACGUCAGCACGCCCUGGAAAAAUGCUCAUGACAUGAAGACGGUGCUGGCAGUGAACACAGAAAGUGAAGGCAGCAGAAUUACUUUUCUUUAAGUUGAUAUUAAACAGCAUCUUUGUCUUAUAUGACAGAAGGUGGCGUUGAUUGACUCUAACACUGUGUGGUAUAGAAUGUGACGUUGAUUGACGCUAACACUGUGUAGUAUAGAAUACUAUAAGUUAUAGGGUGUAGUUAGUUACUGUGUAUUAGUGACAUUAAAGCAUGAGAGUGCUAUGUGUUCUACUCUUGGUAAGGUUUUCCAGUUCAGCAUCAGUUUACAAAGUAAUUUUGUAUUGGACCAGACGGUUUUACACUUUAUUUUAAAACAGUUCAAAUCAAUCAUAUUUAGGGUGGUCAGGUGGUGUAGUGGAUAACCCACUCGCCAUUCGCCAAGGCAGUCAGGGUUCGAUUCCCAGAUCGGACAUGAGAACCUAUCGGGUCACCUGCCCAGCCAUGUGGGUUUUCUCCGGGUGCUCCGGUUUCCUCCCACAAUAAGUCCCCCAGGCGCUAACAUCUGGGCCAACAAGAGUGAUUAAUAUAAGGUGAAAUAACUUAUUUCAUAAUUGUUGUCAAAUAAAUUAAGUUUACAUUAUAUAAAUCAUAUUUGAACAGAAUAAUCAGCAUCAAUGUGUUGCAAGCAUGUAAUUGACAGCUACUUGUGUAACUAGUGGAUCAAAAUAGUAUGUAGAUAGGAGACCAAAGCACUCAGUGUUUGUGAAUAACUAUUUACUUUAAUUAUCCAGUAAGUGGAUGAGAGUAGUGACCAUUUUCUUCCCAUGGGUUACACUUAUGCCUUUUAUUGUCAGACAGCUCUUAGAUGUUCAGUUAAGGAAUACACAUUGACCUACUUCAUUGAGAUCUUUUGGGAAGACUUUUGCAAGUAUUUGUAAAGCCUACCAUAUUUUUCAUGUUACAUUAUGUUUUGUUUAGAUGUCUUUAGAUACUUACACCAUUUCAAUGUUGUACAAAUGAACUGUACAGCAAUGUUGAAUACAGUUCAGGUCGCGGUCCAGACCUUCUGUCCUAGCCAUGGGGGAUUUUAAUUCUAGAAGAUUAAAAUUAAACAAAUAGUCCAUAAAUGAUUUAUCCGUAGAUGUUUUCACAUAUUGUUAAAAAUUAUUAUCUAUAAAAGAUUUUAGUGACAUUUAAUUUUGUAAUUAUUUUUUUUCGAUAUAAGAUUUGAGUAGGAGUUAUUAUGUGUAGAUGAAAAUAUAUGCAUUCUUGUUUUCAAUCUUUAACUAUCAAAACAAAACAAAAUAAAGUAAAAUGUUAAACGUUGUCUUGAUUGGUGAAGCUCAGCGAGUGUUGUUCUCUACAUCAAUGUGUUGUAGAAGAUUUAUUUUGUCCAAUGAAUGUGAAUUUUCAAGUCUUUAUCAAAAACUUGUCAAUGUAUUUAUAUUGUUGUUAGAAAGUUAGGGUCUUUUUGAGAGAGAGAGAGAGAGAGAGAGAAAAAAAGUAAAAGAACCAAAACUGAGAAAAUUACUAAUUCAUCUAUUGGUACUUUCCGAUGAGAUAUAACUAUGUUAAAUGUUUUAUCUUACAUUCGCUAU